AUGCCACUUUCUGCAUCGCCUCUCAGACCGCCGGCCCUCGGCUUGCCACCACUGCCGACAAGGAAAAUUUUCAAUCUGAGGUAUUUUGUGCAGUCUUGGAUUACUUACCAGGGGAGGAAUACAAUCACUAGAAAGAUUAUUGAGCAUACACCGGUUUCUCUUCUUUCUAAUACUACCAGGGAAGACUCUAUUAUUUGGAACUUAAAUGCCAAUGGUAGAUUCUCUGUCCAGUCUGCCUGGAAUGCAUUCAGAAGGCCCAAACCUCCGGUCCCUUGGGCUAAAGUAGUGUGGUACAAGCAUGCAGUUCCUAGGUGGGCUAUUGUGCAAUGGUUGGCCAUCCUGUGUAGACUUUCCACAAAGGACAAGUUGCAGCAGUGGGGUGUCUUGGUGGAAAACCAAUGUGUGUUGUGUUCAACUACUAUGGAAUCUCAUGAGCGUCUAUUUUUUCAGUGCCCUUUUUCAUCUCAGUUGUGGAGCUUGUUGCAAAUGAAGUUUAGUUCCUUUUGCAGCCUCUCUAUUCUUUCACAGGUGGUAGAUUGGAUGGUUCAACACCAUACUGACACUCUUUUCUUGAAUCUGGUGGCUAAAGUGAUUUUUGCUGCUACGAUUUAUCAUGUUUGGGGGGAGCGUAACAGACGUAUUUUCCAACAGCAUAGAGGCUUAGAUGUGCGAAAUUUGGAAGCUCAGAUUUGUACAGAGGUUAGAGCUUGUAUUAGUUCUUGGAGAGGAGUGAAGAGAAUAGGAGUUAAUUUGGCUCUUUGCUCUCGUUGGCGCUUUUCUACUUGUAUUUUUGACUCUAGGUAUUAG